CUCAGCGUCAAUCGUAAUUAGAUUGAAAUAUUUUGUACUAAGUUAGUUUCGCCGAAACGCAAGUCACUGUAAAAUAAGUAAUUUUGUUAGCGUAAUGCAGGCGUGCUUGUGCCACAACUCCCAAAUGUGUAUGAAGUCGGCUGUGCUCAUAUGGACAAGCAUAUGCAACAGUCUUGUCAUCGUUUUCUUAUUACAACAUCAGCUGUUUUCAGUGACCUUGAGAACAAUACAAUUUGUCACUUGUUUUGGGUGCAGCCAGUCACUAGACAGUGAUUUGUUUCGCAGCAAUGUUUAUGUUUUCGUAAAGCGUUUUGAAGUGGUGGCGGAGAUAUCGUAAAGUGUGUUGGAGUUAGUGCUUCGUUCGUGGGUGACAAUGCCAGGGUUUAUUGGCGUUCAUCUAGGUGCUGGUGACCAUGCAGAAAGCUUAGUUAAAGAGUAUACGAAAUUGAGCAACAAAGCAUGUAAGAAGGCAGUUCUGAUGCUGGAGAGUGGAGCAAGUGCUGUCAAUGCUUGCACAGAAGCUAUUAUGAUUCUAGAAGACUCACCUCUUACAAAUGCCGGUCUUGGAUCGAACUGCACGUGGGAUGGUGAUGUCGAAUGUGAUGCUAGUGUGAUGGAUGGACAUUCAUUACAACAAGGAGCUGUUGGUGCUGUCAGUGGUGUAAAAAACCCUGUCUGUCUUGCACGCAACCUGUGUAUGGAACGUAGUGAACGUUUGUCAAUGGGGCUUAUCCCACCAAGUAUGCUCGUUGGAGAUAGUGCCCGUGCCCAUGCUGCAAAAGUGGGUGUUGAGCUUGUGCCUCCAGAAGCUCUUGUCACAGCGGAACAACAGAGAAGGUAUAAUAAAUACAAGAGAAGAGUAACAAUUGCUCCAGAAGAUCAGAUGGAGGAUACUGGAGCUGAAUGGGAACCUGCACGUUUAGAUACUGUUGGAGCAGUGUGUGUAGAUUUUCAAGGGCAUGUUGCUGCAGCGUGUUCAAGUGGAGGUAUCAUGCUCAAAAGCAAGGGUCGGGUUGGACAGGCAGGUAUCCCUGGAUUUGGUUGUUGGGCUCAGGAUGCAAGAGGUGAUAUUGAUGCUGUAGCAGUGUCAUCAUCUGGUUGCGGAGAACAGUUAAUACGUACUUUCCUUGUUAAAGAGACAGCUACAAUGUUGGAGGAAAGCAUUUGUGCAGUUAGAGGCCUAAAGGAUGCAUUGAAACUGAAAUAUUUAGAGUCUCCUUUGAGCCUCAAAGAGGAGGAGAAACUUGCUGGCCUGAUAGUACUAAAAUAUAAUCCCUUGAAAGACAUUGGAGAAUUUAUUUGGGGACAUACAACAAAGACAAUGUGUGUUGGUCUCAUGAGUACGGCAUACAGCCAUCCUAUGAGCCGUGUUUCAUUCAACACAAAGCCUGGAGAAAUAGCAAAAGUUGAAGGGACUGCAUUCAAAUGUCGUGGGAAGUUUAAUUGAUGAUUGAAGUUUUACUUCACAUCAUCUUCUACAGUUCAAGUUCUGUUGUAUCAGAGAACUAGAUAUUGGUUUAUGGAGUGAUUACUGAUGUGAUCUGUCCAGUAACUGAACAUGUUUUGUAAUGUGAUCUCAUUGGAACAUGAUGGAUGUUGUGCUGUUUUGUUAUCAGUUGCACUUAACCUAAGGAGGAUGUCUACUUGAAAUUGAGAUUUCCAAACUAACAAUAUGCAUCUCACCUUAAAAUAAAUUCAGCUGUAAUAUUUUAACAAGAAGCAAAGUGCAACUGUGAUAGAACCCA